AUGGCUGACACUACUACCGCCCCAGCCGAUCAACAGCAGAGCACUGAGAGACGUGGAGAGAGAGGAGACAGAGGAGGACGUGACUUCCGCGGUGGACGUGGAGGACGUGGUCGUGGUGGAGACAGAGGAGGCCGUGGUGGUCCCCGUGGUGGCCGUGGUGGUCGUGGAGGCGAGUCCAAGGGAUGGGUCCCCGUCACCAAGUUAGGCCGUCUUGUUCAGCAGAACAAGAUCAAGUCGAUCGAGGAGAUCUACUUGUUCUCUCUGCCAAUCAAGGAGUCCCAGAUCAUCGAUCAGUUCCUCCCAGGUCUCAAGGAUGAGGUCAUGAAGAUCAUGCCAGUCCAGAAGCAGACCCGUGCCGGUCAGCGUACCCGUUUCAAGGCCUACGUUGUCGUCGGAGACUCCAACGGUCACGUUGGUCUCGGUGUCAAGUGCGCUAAGGAGGUUGCCACCGCCAUCGCUGGUGCCAUCGUUACCGCCAAGCUCUCUGUCAUCCCAGUCCGUCGUGGAUACUGGGGUAACAAGAUCGGUGCUCCCCACACCGUCCCAACCAAGGUCACCGGAAAGUGUGGUUCCGUCGCACUCCGUAUGGUGCCAGCCCCACGUGGAACUGGUAUCGUCGCUGCCCGUGUCCCAAAGAAGCUUCUCCAGUUCGCUGGUGUUGAGGAUGUCUACACCUCCUCCACUGGUAAGACCAGAACCAUGGGUAACUUCGUCUUGGCCACCUUUGCCGCCAUCACCAAGACCUACGCCUACCUCACCCCAGACUUGUGGAAGGUUACCCCACUCGAGAAGACUCCAUACCAGAGAUUCUCUGAGGAGCUCGCUGAGAAGAAGAAGGACGAGUAA